AUGGUUGAACGUAUCAAUUCAAAUGCGAAUGAGAAUUUGGGACAACUGGAAGAAGAAGGUGAUGAUGAAGAUUCGCUGUCGCUGGAUCUCGAUGAUAUAGUCCACGACGACCUUAUUGGUGAUUUGCUCAUUCGUCUAUUAAGCUCACCACUAAUCAGCGACCCAUAUUGGUCCAAACAACCCACAAACACCCUUAAAAAUAUUGAACCGCCAGCUUAUCUCAACUUUCGCAUCACGUACGAGGAGAUUGUGCAUCUAUGUUCAAUGGCAGCAAAAUCGUUUCUCGAACAGCCUGCACUUAUUCGGAUUCAAAAGGACGACUUACCCCUACACAUUGUGGCUGACUUACACGGUAACAUAGCUCAAGUCUUACGUGUAUUCAAGUACUGCGGCAUACCACAAAGAGAUUCGUUCUUAUUCUUGGGAGAUUACGUAGAUAGGGGUGUUCAAGGAAUCGAAGUCAUAACACUGCUGUUUUGCUUAAAAAUUCGUUAUCCCUACCAGGUCUAUCUCCUAAGAGGAAACCAUGAAGAUGCAAACACCACCUUGAACUAUGGGUUUUUUGAUGAAUGCAUUACUAGAUGGCCUUCCAAUGGAAGAAAUCCGAAAGGAGGGGACAGGGUAUGGCGCCAUUUUCUAGAAGCAUUUAACUGUAUGCCAGUAGCAGCUAUUAUUGCUGGGAAAAUCUAUUGUGCUCACGGUGGUAUAUCUCCAUUUAUUGAAAAAUUGGAAGAUAUAAAUAACGUAGGAGGAAAAUUUCGACUGAAUGCCAAGAGUUGCUGGACCUUACAGAUCAAACGCCCAUCUGUGGUGCCUGCUUACGGUAUUGGUUGCGAUUUGUUAUGGUCGGAUCCAUCGCCCCAACGAGAUGGUUGGGUGCUCAGCCAUAGAGGAAUUUCGUUUUUAUUUGGUCCGAAAGCGGUGGAGGAAUUCUGCCAAAAACACAACAUCGAUCUGAUAUUGAGAGGACAUCAAAUCAAUAAUGAGGUGAUUGCGCAGUAAGA